AUGCAAUUGCAACACCUGGCUUUAGCUUUUGCUGUUGCUACCUCUGUGCAUGGUUGGUCGCCAAGCAAUGGGUAUGCUCCAGGCAAUGUCACUUGUGACUCUGACGUGAACUUUUUAAGAUCUGGUGACGAGUUAUCCACAGAUGAACAAGAUUGGUUGAAAAAGAGAAAUGACGUUACCAAGGAGAGCUUGCAGAGCUUCUUAAAGAGGGCCACUGCUAACUUCACAGACACUUCUAUUUUCGAUGAUUUGUUCAGAUCUAACAGCAGUGCAAGUGUACCAAAGAUUGGUAUCGCCGCCUCAGGUGGUGGUUAUAGAGCCAUGUUGAGUGGUGCUGGUAUGAUUGCAGCUAUGGAUAACAGGACAGAAGGUGCCAAUGAUGUCGGUUUAGGUGGUCUGCUACAAAGUUCUACUUACUUAGCCGGUUUGUCUGGUGGUAAUUGGUUAGUUGGUACUCUGGCUUGGAAUAACUGGACGUCCGUUCAGACUAUUGUCAAUAAUUUCACCGAAGAUGAUGCUAUUUGGGAUAUUUCUCAUAGUAUUGUCACCCCAGGUGGUAUAAACAUUUUCAAAAGUCUAGGCAGAUGGGAUGAUAUCUCCGAUGCAGUGCAUGACAAGCAAGAUGUUGGCUUCAACAUCUCUCUAACAGAUGUUUGGGGUCGUGCUCUAUCCUACAAUUUCUUCCCAUCAUUACAUCACGGUGGUGAUGCUUACACUUGGUCUACUCUAAGAGAUGUUGACGUAUUCAAGAAUGCUGAAAUGCCAUUCCCAAUCUCUGUCGCUGAUGGUAGAUAUCCAGGUACCACUAUUAUUAACUCCAAUGCCACCAUUUUCGAAUUCAACCCAUUCGAAAUGGGUUCAUGGGACCCAACCUUAAAUGCUUUUACUGACGUCAAAUAUUUAGGUACCAAUGUUACCAAUGGUACUCCAGUUGUUGAAGGUCAAUGUAUUGAAGGUUUCGAUAACACAGGUUUUAUUAUGGGUACUUCUUCCUCUUUGUUCAACCAAUUCUUACUCCAAAUCAACAGCACCUCUAUUCCAUCCUUCUUAAAAAGUCUAUUUACCGAUUACUUAAACGAUCUAGCUGAGGACUCUAAUGACAUUUCUAUUUAUGCUCCAAAUCCAUUCAAAGACUCCUCUUUUAUUAAAAGCAACUACUCUAACAGUCUAUCUACUGCUGAUGAUUUGUACUUAGUUGAUGGUGGUGAAGAUUUACAAAAUGUUCCAUUACUUCCAUUAAUUCAACAGAAGCGUAAUGUUGAUGUGAUUUUUGCUUUAGAUAACUCAGCUGAUACUGAGAACUCUUGGCCAAACGGUACUUCGUUAGUUGCUACUUAUGAGCGUCAAUUCGUUAAACAAGGUAAUGGUACAGCCUUCCCAUACGUUCCAGAUGUCGACACUUUUGUUAACUUGGGUUUAAACAAGAAACCUACUUUCUUCGGUUGUGAUGCUUCCAAUAUGACCGACUUAGCUUACAUUCCACCAUUGAUUGUUUACAUUCCAAAUUCUCAAUAUUCUUUCAACAGUAACCAAAGUACUUUCAAAUUGUCUUACUCAACUUCUGAACGUUUAAGUAUGAUUGAAAAUGGUUUUGAAGCUGCUACCAGAGGUAACUUAACUGAGAGUUCUGACUUCUUAGGUUGUGUUGCUUGUGCCAUUGUUAGACGUCAGCAAGAAAGUACGAAUGCUACUUUGCCAGCAGAAUGUGAAACCUGUUUCAGUAACUACUGUUGGGAUGGUACUAUUAGCUCCAACCAUACUGCUGCUGUUGCUGAAGAUGAUGAUUUAUCGGACACUGCAUUUAGCUCCACCUCAUCUCGUAAAUCUUCAAAGACUUCUUCUUCUUCUUCUUCUUCUCGUUCUUCAUCUUCUUUAUCUUCCACUGUUAAACAUAGUGGUGGUGUUCAAGCUUUGUCGACUGUUGACUUAAAGUCUUUAAUCACUGUAGGUUUAUUCUCUGCAAUCGCUUGGUUAUUCUAA